UUUAUUAUUACCGCAGGCGGGACCAGUCAAACUUGAAUCCAGUUUGAUAUAUAUGUCAACAUGCAUUUUGCUAUUAUAAGAUAUUUUUUUAUUUAUCUAGUUAUUUGCGGCUUGUCAUUAUGUAAGGAAGAGUCUUGCGGAACAGAUACGGAUGGGAAAUGUGAAUCUAAACCUACAGAAGAUCACGAAAAGACUAAAUAUACUAAAACUGAAAAUAAAAAGUGGCAGAAAUAUUUAAAGAAUAUCAAGAAAGCUGUUAAAGAGUAUAAAGAUUGUAAUCAAAAUGACUGUUCCUGUUAUGAAAGUGUUAUUGAUUCAGACUUAGCUGUAUGGAAAGAAGGUAUAUCUAAAGAACAGUUUGACAAAGCAAAUGGAAAAGGAACGCAUUACCAAAUAAUAAAUCAUAAACUGUAUAGAGAAGAUGAUUGCAUGUUUCCAGCAAGAUGUAGUGGUGUUGAACAUUUUAUAUUAGAGAUAAUUAAGAAGCUACCAGACAUGGAGAUGUAUAUUAAUGUCAGAGAUUGGCCUCAGUCAGUCAAGUUCCAAAGUCCAAUUCCAGUUUUCUCAUUUAGUAAAGUGGACUAUGAGAAUUGGGACAUAAUGUAUCCAGCAUGGACUUUUUGGGAAGGUGGCCCAGCUGUCUGGCCUAUCUAUCCUACUGGUUUAGGGAGAUGGGAUGAACAGAGAGUUAUAAUACCAAAAGCAGCAGAGAAAUGGCCAUGGGAUAAAAAGUAUGAUAGAGGCUACUUUAGAGGAUCGAGGACAAGUUCAGAGAGAGAUCCUUUGGUACUGCUGUCUCGUAAGGAACCAGAUCUAGUUGAUGCUAAAUAUACAAAGAACCAGUCAUGGAGGAGCAAAGCUGAUACUUUAGGAGAAGAUCCAGCUGAAGAAAUUCGAUUAGAGGACCAUUGUGAUCAUAAGUAUUUAUUCAACUUUCGUGGAGUUGCAGCUAGUUUUCGAUUGAAACAUUUAUUUCUGUGCAAUAGUGUGGUAUUUCACGUGGGAGAGGAGUGGUUAGAGUUUUUCUAUCCUGCCAUGAAACCUUGGGUUCAUUACAUUCCAGUAAAGAAAGAUUUGAGUGACGUUAGAGAAUUAUUAGUUUUUGCUAAAGAAAAUGAUGAUGUUGUAAAAGAUAUAGCUGAAAGAGGAAGGCAGUUUAUUAUGGAUCAUUUAAGGAUGGAAGAUGUCUCAUGCUACUGGGGAAAACUGCUUAAAAAAUAUGGGAAACUUUUAAAAUUUAAACCUCAAAGAAAUGAAAAAUAUAGACAAUUCAAAUGAAAAAGAAUCAAGCUAGAAACUUGAAAAAGUUCAAUUCAAUUCAUAUCAAAUUUUGUAGUGCAAUUUACAUAACUAUUGUAAACAAUUCAAAUGAAGACUGCAUGUGUAGCUUUUUCUUUUUUUACAAUAGAACGAAUUAAUUGGGUGCCAUAUUUAUAUAUAAAAUGUAUAGUGGAUUUUCAUAAAAUUGUCGAUGAUUUAUGCCACAUUCUUGAAUAUCUAUAAUGUUUGUACAUGUAUUGAGUUACUGUUUUUGACCUUGAAUUGUCAGGGUUAGUCAAAUGUUAUCUAUAAGUUUUGGGACCCAAAACAAAUAUGUAUAUUUAAGUUUUGGGACCAAACAGCAUAUAUCACAAUCUUACAAAAAUCAUUUAAUAUGACGCAUACUUAAUGUAUCCUGGCCUUGAAGGCAUAAAACUUGCUCUGUGCUCGGAGCACAAAAAACAUGCUCGAAACAUGAAAUCCAGCAAUUUGAUUGGUUGAUUUUCGAGUCUGAGUACAAAAGUCAUGCUUAAAAGUUUAAUGACCGUGAGGAUCCUGCAUAAGGAUCUUUAUUUUGAGGAGAAAUUAGUGGAAAAUUUGUAACACUUUGUAACAGUGGGUAACUUAAUUCUGGUUCAACUCUCAUAGAGGAAUUAUGCUCCAUUGGAAUACAUGGGAUCCAGAUUUAAUUUCCCCAUUUGUUUCAAACUUUUCAUUAAUUGCGUUCAUAAAACUUUCGAGUCAGUUUUUUGUGCUCAUACUCCAAAAUCAACCAAUCAAAAUGUUGGAUUUCAAGUUUCGAUUUUUGUGCUCCGAGCACUGAGCAAAGUUUUAUGACUUCAAGCCCAGGAUUCUGAUCUCUUUUUGGAUUCCUGAUCAGGAUACUUGAUGUGUGUGAGGAUCACAAAGACAUAUAUUUGAUAGAGUAAUAUUUCAUUAUUCUUCAGUUUUUAUCACAUGUUUUUUACAAAGCAAUUUGUUAUACUUCACCAAUGAUAAAUGACAAAUGAAAUUCAUUGAGGAAUAAUUUGAAAAAAAGAUCUCUUAGAACAUGAUCUGUUAAACUUGCAAUAUUAUUUUUGUUAUUGAGUUUUUGGUAAAUUGCAUGAAGCUAUUUUCUUUACAACUUUAAGUACCCUGUGUGUAUAAACAUUGAAAAAAGUUUGUUUGUUUGAUGCUUAAAAUAGAUUUAUCUGUGGUAGAUUUAUAUUAGAAAUAUAGUUCAUACAUUGUAUA